CGGCAUCAUGAAGAUCCGGACUUCGGAGCACGUCUUUGACCACCCAUGGGAAACUGUUACAACAUCUGCAAUGCAGAAAUACCCAAACCCUAUGAACCCAAGUGUGGUUGGAGUUGAUGUACUGGACAGACAUAUAGAUCCCUCUGGAAAGUUGCACAGCCAUAGACUUCUCAGCACAGAGUGGGGACUGCCUUCCAUUGUGAAAUCUCUUAUUGGUGCAGCAAGAACCAAAACAUAUGUGCAAGAACAUUCUGUCGUUGAUCCUGUAGAGAAAACAAUGGAACUGAAAUCUACUAAUAUUUCAUUUACAAAUAUGGUUUCAGUAGAUGAGAGACUUACAUACAAACCAUAUUCUCAGGACCCAGAAAAAACUGUUUUGACUCAAGAAGCCAUAAUUACUGUGAAAGGAGUCAGUCUCAGCAGUUACCUUGAAGGACUGAUGGCAAGUACGAUGUCUUCAAAUGCUAAUAAAGGCCAAGAAGCAAUGGAGUGGGUAAUACGUAAACUAAAUGCUGAGCUUGAGGAAUUGACCGCUUCGGCAAGAGGGAGCACGAGGACACCAAUGGCGGCAGCAGCAUUUGUAGAAAAAUGAUCAAAAAAGAAGUUGGUCUACAACACCCGACCCCCCUGGGUCUCUACAAACUAGCAAUAUAUUUAUUUGUUAUUUAAAAAAUAAAACCAUAGGUAGUUUUUUUUUUAAUAAGCUGAAAAGGCUAUGUGACUUUUCAUCACUACAAAGAGAUGCAGGGUUUCUGAGGAAAAGGGAUCACUGAAAUUGGCAUUGUUUGAAAUAACUUAGUUUUGAAGAAUCUGACAUUUAUAUGAAUAUUUAACAAUUUUUGAAAAGUUCUUGGAAAUUGGUAUUGGCUUAUUAAAUCUCCUUAAGGUAGAAUUUUAAAGCUUUUCGUGCUUUGGAACGCUACCUGGCUUUGGACCAACCCUGAACAAAGCAGAGCCAUCUCUUAAAUGUACACAGUUGCCUUGCUGCAGUAAAUGUCAGGUGAUUGCAUGAGGGAACUCACUUGAAAAGGAGAUACUGUAUAGUUUUAAAAGAUCUUAAUUUGUAUAGAAUAACUUGCUGUGCUAUAAACCACCAUUGAAAACCACAGUGUUUGAAUUUGGUACCUAAAUGACAUUUUUGGAGUGAAAAUUAUCACUAGAAUAAUACAUGACUCCUACAAAAAUGUGAUUAUUAAGAGUACUGUAUUGAUUUGCCAAAGUUUUGUAACUUAGUAAAAGUAUUACCUUC